AUGGUAAGGUCUAGCCUUUACAUACCUACCAGCAUUUUGUUACGAAGCCGCCAGCUGAGUGAUUUUUUCCAGCGGACUCAACUUCUUCUCAAACUGAGCAGCAAUACCCGAACCUGCCGGUCAAAAAGGAAAGAACAACUAGGCAUUCUGUCUGAAUGUCUAGUCUUACUUUCCUUUUUGCGCCAUAUACUCAUUGAUUCAAGCCGUUGCUCACAAUACUAG